GCUCCAUCGAAGUUUACAUAUUAUCUGCUCACAAUCCAUCUUACUACAAUGGCUCAGAUAAGGACUGCGGUAAAGGGGCAAGAAAAUACUCGAAAUGAGCUUUCCAUAGAAGAUGAUGUCUUGGUAGAGAGCAAUAAUGGCUCAAAUAUCACUAUUUCGUUACAAGAUAUUUUUGCUAUCAAAACCAGUGAUAAUGCAUUCGUUGUCAACUACGCCAGCUAUCCCACAGCGACUGAGACCGCUGAACCUACGGAUAAGAGCUUAAGGCCCAAGACGGUGACUCGAGCGUUGAAUGUGAAACUUUACCUACCACUGGAAGGUGUAGACGAACCUGCUGCGGCUGGCUAUCUCAGUCCCGGUGACUUUUUCGACGAACUACAAAAACGACUUCAGAUUAAACCGCUGGCGAGCAACACCAAAAUCCAUGCCAUACUAAAUCCUGUGUCAGGUCUUCGUCAGAGUCUUGAAAACUGGAAGAAUAUCAUCGCUCCCAUGCUAAAUCUGUCGGGAAUCGCAGACGAUAGCGUAGUUUUGCACACAACCAAAGGCGUGACGGAUGGCAAUAGGCUUGCGAAAGACCUUGCAUUGAACGUACUAGCUAAAUCCGAAAAUCCCAUUAUCCUCCUUUGUAUUGGUGGAGACGGAACACUUCAUGAAGUGAUUAACGGGCUGUCACAGGCGUCGGUAAAAACCAAAGUACAGCUCGUUGUGAUUCCCACUGGGAGUGGCAAUGCAUUUGCCAAUGCACUCGGAAUUACGGAUCCUGCUGACGCUGUACUCCGACUACUACGAGGAAAUCAGCAGCCUUUACGAACUAUCCGCGUAUCCAUUGGCAAAUGUCCCGUACCCUACGACUCUCAGGACUGGCAUAACCAUGUAGAAUUCGACCGCGUCGACCACGACCCCAGAAUCAUGGUGGUAUUCAGUUUUGGCUUCCAUACCCAGAUUGUAUCAAAAUCCAAUUAUCUGCGACCUUUCAUGGGGAAUUCUCGAUUUUCCCUUGUGGCAGGAUUUUUGUUGUGGUGGAUGCCACAAUAUGGCGGACGGCUUGUUUUAGAUGAAGGAGCUCAGGAGUACAACGCUGAGCAACAAAAUUGGCGUACCGCCAACGACAAGACCCACAUAGAUGGGCAAUAUACCUACUUCCUGGGAUCCAAGAUGCCUGAACUUGAGCCAGGCUUUCGCAUAGCACCUUUUGCAUCGACCUCCGAUGAACAUGUCGAUCUAGUUCUUCUACGAAAUGGAACAAGCGAUGAACUGAAGUCUAUCCUUUACAAGGCGUUUGCAAAAGGGUCUCAUGUAAAUGAGCCGAAAUUGGAGUAUUGGAAAGCAAAGGGGUUUCUUCUACGUGUACAAGACGCUGCGGAAGUGUGCUUAGAUGGAGAAAUCCACAAAGUGCCUAAAGGAGGAGUGGUUAGAUUACAAGUAGUGCAACCUUCUACUGAAGGCGAGAUAGCCAUUGAUGUUUUUAUGUAACUGUCAUUGGUUAAGGGGGUGUAUCAAAAUUAUUGUCUCAAAAGCCGUUGAAGCGUGCCUGUUGGUGUAUUUUAUUUUUUUCUGUCUUCGGAGAGUGAAUCGAUCAAAAACGGUGCUUCUUCGUAUUUUCUGUGUUUGAAAACUU